AUGGAGGCUCUUACGAAGACUUUUGUCCGUCCGCCGCUAUGCGCCUCGGCGUCGCUUACCGGCCUGCCGUCAGUCGCCGUUAAAUCGUCCGCUCGCGGCGGGUCUUCGUCUUCGUUCCCGUCAGUCUCGAAGGCGGCAACUUCGGCCGCAAACCGCACCGUCAGGACUUUCGCGCUUCCAAACGAUGAUGACGUCAUCGCCUUAAAUUCCGGAAAAAGUCUGGAGGAGCUCGAGGAGACGAUUCGCCGCAUCGCGGAGGAAAACGAGCAGCUCCGAGCUCGAGCCGCGGCCGCCGCGGCCAAUGCGCGCCGCGCUGAGUCCGCUUUUAAAGGAGAUGUCGACGUUUCAAGGCCGCGCAUGGGGGCCGUGCCGCCGCCGCCUCCGCCGGAGUUCGCGGCGGCGCCUGUGGUCGAGUAUCUGGAUACGACUCUAGGGGGGGUGCCUACAGAGGAGGUUGCUUCAGUCGAAGCUAAAUACCUCGUCGAAGAGGCAGGGAGCGUGAGGAGCUGGCAGGAGGCGGUGGAACAAGAGGCCGCCACGUCAGCAGCGGCGGAUGGGAACCUCGAGAUUGCCGCAGCAGGCGGGAUCGAGGAUAUUCAGAAGACGGAGAACCCCAUGAGCAUUGUGUUCGUGGCAUCCGAGGUGGCCCCUUACUCGAAAACCGGAGGCCUGGCGGACGUGGUGGGGUCGCUGCCGGUGGCGCUGGCGGCGAGGGGGCACCGCGUGAUGGUGGUGGCGCCGCGCUACAUGAACGGCGUCACGGACAAGCUCUAUGCUGGCGCGUUUGACAUGCAGUGUCGCAUCAAGUGCUUCUGCUUUGAGGGCGCUCACGAGGUGGCGUUCUUCCACGAAUUCAGAGACGGCGUUGACUUUGUAUUUGUCGACCAUCCAUCGUACCACCGUCCCGGCACGCCCUAUGGGGACCAGAACGGCACAUUUGGAGACAACCAGUUCCGCUUCACGCUGCUGUGCCAUGCGGCCUGCGAGGCUCCGCUACAGCUGGAGCUGGGCGGCUUUACCUAUGGGGAGAAGGUCUUAUUCAUUGCCAAUGACUGGCACGCGGGGCUGCUGCCCGUUCUGGUCGCGUCCAACUACCGUCCCCACGGAGUGUACAAGGAUGCUCGCACCAUCCUUGCCAUCCACAACCUCUCCCACCAGGGCGUGGAGCCAGGCUACACGUUUGGCAGUCUCGGCGUGCCGGGCGACUGGUACGGGGCGCUCGAGUGGGUGUUCCCGGAGUGGGCACGCAAGCACGAGCUGGACAAGGGCGAGGCGGUGAACAUCCUCAAGGGGGCGAUUGUCACUGCCGACAGGAUCGUCACAGUCAGCCCGGGCUACGCCUGGGAGAUAGCUACAGUGGAGGGCGGGUGGGGACCACACCUCCUCGCCAAUUCAACCACUCACCUUCGUCCCUCCCCGCUCUUCCCCUCGUCCCUCCCCCUGCACACGCUGCAGGGCUACGCCUGGGAGAUCACGACAGUGGAGGGCGGGUGGGGGCUGGAUGGGCUGCUCCGGGGGCGAAGCUUCGUGCUCAACGGUAGGAAGCUUCAUAUCGGAGAAAAACCCUCCACGUUCUCUCCCCUCCCCAUGCCUCCCUCCUCUGUCUGUAUGCAUGCACACGCCUCCUUCUUCCCCCCUCCCCCCCGUCCCUGCCACUUAUGGUGUGUGACCAACGGAGUGGAUGUGGUGGACGGGAACCCUGCCUGCCAUGGACAAGCCUGCAGUGUGACCAACGGAGUGGACGUGGUGGACGGGAACCCUGCCUGCCACGGACAAGCACACAGCAAGCACACCGUUGAUAGGCAUAACCCCCCACCUUCAGUGGAGCACUA